GGCCUGCGCGCUGCCGCUCCGCCGCCAGGAGCGCCCGUGCAUGUCUGGCUGGCUGGGUGACCUGCUGGAAGACGCUGCGCGGGAGGCUCUGCGGACGGCGGGCAUCGCGUCCUUGGUGUGGGCGGGCCAGAGCGAGCGGGCCUGCCCUGACUGCACCUGCUCGCCCUCCUUGGCGUGCCCUGCGCUGCAGUGCCCGCCUUGCACGCUCGGGGGCGCCGCCUGCAAGAGCUGUCCAGAGGCCAGCUGCCCGGAGGUGGCUAGAGGCCUCGGCGCGUGGUGGCUCGUCGCGGUGGUGGUCGCGGCCCUCGGCGGGCUCGCGGCUGGCUGCUGCGCAGGGGCCAUCUGGGGCGCUGGUCGACUGAUCCUGGUGUGGUACGGGGGCGGGGAGGCAUACUGGCACGAGCGCCUGCUGCUCUGCCAGGUACAGGGAACGACGUGGGUAAUCGCGACGCCUGAUGACGACGUCUACCCAGAAGACAUCAUGGCGCUGGGUGGCAGGCCUUGUGUGCGGGGCUCGGUGCCGCCCGCCAUACCCGCCAAUGCGCUGCUGUACCGCUUCCCGCCUCUCGGCCAGCAUCACACCAACGCUGAGUGGAGGCACAUCUUCGAUGACGGGAUCGCGACGGCCCAGAUGCGGCGAGCCGCGAUGGGCGUCGAUGGCGACGCUGCCGAUGCAGAGGCUGGUGCUGUUCGCGAUCGUGUGGCUGCUCACGGCUGGGUGGCAGGCACUGGACUACCUGGGGGCCAGCCAGCCGAGGCCGCACCUGCAGCCGCCGGCGCCGUGGUGCCUGCCGCGGCUGGGCUGCCGGCAGCGGCCGCCGCGCCCCCGCUCGCUGGAGGCUGCGCUGCUGUCGGAGGCGGAGGCGGAGGCACGAUCGUGGCUGGAGCGGCCGCUGGAGCGCACGCCCCUCUGGCUGGAGCAGCCGCGGCUGGCACGCAGUGGAUCGUGGUCGCCAACGAUGGCCAGCCAGGUGCUCCAGCGGUGGGAGCCGACUGGAGCGUGGACGCGAGCGCGGUCAUCCAGGGGAAGUUCGCCUUCGUCAAGCUUGGGUCGGCCACGCUCGUGCUGGAGCUCAUCCCCGUCGGCAGCAAGCUCAGCGUCCUCGAGUGCGAGCUGGAGUUGGCUGUGGCUGCCGCGCCCGCGCCAGGAGGGCUGGCUGCCGCAAUCGCAGGCCCGCAGCCCGCCGCCGCUGGGGUGCCGUCUGACGGCCUGGUGCGGUCGGCGGACGCCCGAGUGCUGCCAGUUCUGUAUGACCAGAUGGGGCAGCGGUUCCGUCCGUACGCCGACGGAGUUGGGCUGCUGGAGGAGCCGCCCUGGAAGGACUUCCCAGUCCAGGGCCCGAGGACGACGCUCUGGCUCUGCAAGUUCAUUCGAGAGCAGGGCUGCGUCCCGCGCACCAGGACCGAGAAGUGGAUGCGCGAGGCUCAUAUUCCAGACAAUGACAGGGUCAAGCACGAACACGGCAGCCUCAUGGAGAUCCUGGAGUGGGCCCUCACGUAUGACCAGCUGGGCGUUUCGGCAUUGGCCUCAUUCGAAUUGCUUUCGAGGAGGGUUCAGCUUCUGGAGGAGGCCUACACCGCCAACCCGAAGGCGCCACGGUUCGAAGGGAGUGAGCACUUCCAGGGCCUUGGCAAGAAAGUUGCAGCUGUGGCGCCGCAGCUCACCUCGCAUGUUGCUCUUCAGCUUCAGGGCGAGGCUCAGAUCCAGAAGGAACGACGCAAGGGCUUCGGCGAGAUUUUGUUCGAGGCAUGGCUGACGGUCGCCAGCGUGAUCUACUGCCCUUGCCUCGAGACCGCGGAUGGGAAGGCCCUCGUAGUCUACUCAGCCGUGGAGUUCGACAGCGUAUUUGCAGACACUCGCUAUGGUGACAGCGAGUGUGCCGGGAACAUUGCGCCGUUUGGCUCGGCUCCAGUCUCUCCGCCGAGUCGUGACCUGGUCGGGGUGGACAUUUACAGCGUCUUGCCUGAGGCCGCGUCGCACAAGGUCAAGCGGUUUCGCGACACCAUUCUUCUCAGUGAUGAGGAAUAUGCAUUACGUAUCAAGAACGAGGGGCUGCCCAAUCUUUACUUUGACCCAGUGCUGGAGGCACAUCCCGCCAAGUGGGAGGGUUUCUGUCGAGAGCUUCGUGACAGGAAGCUGGCGCGAUGGACUCGGACUUACAAAGAGAAGGUGGGCUUGUUCUUCGUUCGGAAGAAGAGUGGUGAUUUACGACUCAUAUGUGAUGCUCGAAGGAGCAACGUUCGAUUUGAUAUUCCUGAUUCUAUACCGCUUGCGACUGGUGACUCCCUCGGCCGUCUCACUAGCAGCUCCGAGCAGACCAUGUACUCUGCCAGCUUCGACAUCAAGGACUACCUCCACGAGCUCAGGAUUGACGAGGAGCUGUCGCAGUACUUCGUGGGCCCCAACGAGCUCAUCUACCCGGCGCUCCAGACGCUGCCCAUGGGGUUCUCUUGGGCGAUGUGGGCUGCCCAGCUGGUUCACGAGGCCGAGGUCGAGACACUGCAUCGCAAGGCCCUCGAAGGAGUUCGACAGGCUGGCUUCCACGUUCACGAGAUCGAGCAAGUCAGCACCUCCUUGGACAUCGCGGGCGUGCACUUGGAUGGCGAGAAGCAGGUGGUCACCUUGUCGGCGGCCAGGGCGCGGCGGCUCCACGCAGGACUUCAUGCGCUGGUGCGACGCGGACGCUGCGCGGAGCGAGAGAUGCGCGCCAUCCUGAGCCACCUCUGCUUCGCCUUCUUGCUGCGGAGGCCCUGCCUUUCUUGUAUCGCCGCGUCCUUUGCCUUCGCCGAGUCGGCUGGGGACGAAGCCAAGAACAUCUGGCCGAGUGUCAAGAGGGAGCUCCUCAUCGCCGCUGCCAUCCUGCCCUUGGUCUACGCGGACCUCAGCGCGGGCUGGCUCGACCAGGUGGUGGCUACUGAUGCUAGUCAGACUGGGCUUGGCGUUUGCGUCGCCGAGUGGCCAGAUGAUGCUGUGCGAUGGGCUGGCUGCCACGACGAGCGAUGGAGGUUCAAGAAGGAUCCACAUCGCAAGCGCCGUGAGGUCGCCUUGGCUGGCUACGACAUGGCCGAGCCGCCGAUCGACAGGGGCGGCGACCUCAUCCCUGGCAGCGAGGAGGGCGUUUGGCUGGCCAACAAGGGCUUCCCCGACAUCGAGCCCGCCUCCGUCACUGAGGCCAAGUGGGCAGUGGUCGCCAAGCGUCCUUGUGGCAGCCGCGAGGGAGCCGUCCAUGUCAAGGAGGCUAGGGGUGUCAAGCUGGGCUUCAAGCACGUGGUGCGCUGCGGCCGCUGGCGGCGCAGCAAGGUGCUCAUGCUGGUUGACAACGUGGCUCGUGCUGGCUCUUCAGAAAGGUCAAUCCUGCCGAUCGGCCUUCGCGACAGUGGGAGCCAGCGCUGGCGAGCACUGGUGCUGCAUGGCGUCCUCCUCCUGGGCUUGUUCAUCCUGGUGCCUGGGGUUGUCACGAGGGCGCCGCCGGCGAGGGGACGAACGACUUCGGGUGUGGUGACUCGCAAUGUGGCGCGCAGGCUCGAGGUUGCGCCGGCGCUGCAGCUAGGCCGCCAGGAACUUCGACGACGCGACCCACUGCCUUUGGAGGACGCAGGAUCAGGACCAUCCGAGCUGCCGAUCCUGCCCAGGCCCCAGGCGACGCCAGCCGGGCGUCGAGGCGGCUCGCGGAGAUCGCGGGUCGCAACCUCGACAAGGCAGGCUGCCGCCAAAUGCUCAGCCAGCAGCGGAGGCCUGUCCUACCUCGAGAGCAUCGCGGUCAGGCCUGUGCAGAUCGAGGACUACCACAGGCGCAUCGAGGAGUUCUUCACGUUCGUCCGCCGCCAGGGUUUCAAGACCGACACCCUGGACUCCUUGGAGGGGGCCCUCCUGGACUGGGCGGACCGAGCUUACCUGGGUGGCAGGAAGAAGCACGACGGCGAGAAGCUGAAGGCGGCCGUCCUGCACUACUACCCGAACCUCAAGCGGCCCAACACCAAGCCGCUGGCCAGGUUCGAGAGGCCCUUGAAGGCGCGGGGCCGCCGGCGACCAGCUCUGGGCCGCCUGCCGCCGCCAUGCCCGACCAUCUGCGGGGCGGCUGUGGCCCUCCACCUUCUCGGCCACACGGACAUUGCAGUGGCCGUGCUGGUCGCGCUCAGCGCCUACUUGCGGCCAGGGGAGUUGUGUGGGCUCCGCGUUCGAGACGUCGUCCCUCCCGCCCUUGGCUUCGGACCAGAAUGCCAGAGGUGGUCGCUCAUCUUGGGGCCUUCGGACGACAACGGAGACCCGACCAAGACAGGCGUGUACGACGACAACGUGACCUUGGACCGCGACAACCUGCAGUUCAUCGGCGACUUUACCGAGCGUUAUCGCAGAGGGAAGCAACCGAAGGACCCGUUGUGGCAGUUCUCGCAGGCGGAGUUCGGCAUCAUGAUCGCGAAGGCCGUGAAGGUCUGCUGUUUCGAGAGCAUAGGGAUCGCGCCCUACAGCCUGCGCCGCGCUGGCCCGUCUUGGGACGUGAUCACAGGACGAAGAUCGCAGCUGGAGGUUCAGCGUCGAGGUCGCUGGGCCAGCACCAGCUCACUCAUCAGGUACGAGAAGUCCAGCAAGGUCAACUCGCAGCUAGUGCAGCUCAGCGACGACGUCCAGGAGCACCUCAGGCGCUGCAGCUCGCACCUUGGUCACAUCUUCCUCGGCUUGGUGUCCGCGCCCCUGCCGCCUGGUUGGAGCGCGGCGACAUCUUCGUCGAUGUGUUCGCCGGCGCCGAAGGCGUCGGCAAGGCCGUGGCAAGGUGUGGCAUCUCGUCGCUAG